UUGUAGAUUAUGGUGGGCCCUGAUCUUGCCACUCAAGGUUAAUGUCAGUCUCGCCGUAUAUAUGAAUCACCCCGCCGCCUCGAUGCCGUCAGUUCUCCGCCGACACACGUAAGGGUAACGCUGCUCCUCAACCUCUUAGAGCUGUUUCCGUGAACGAUGGCAGAGAUGAAGAAGUGGGGCAAAGGGGAGUACUGGGGACAGUCCGCUGCCUUCGACCCCGAGUGGCUGCUGACGGAGAAACAGAAGAAGUUGCGAGAUGACCUGAUCGAGCUGUGCCGGGUGAAGAUCCGGCCCCACGCGAUCCACUGCGACAAGGUGUACGAGUUCCCGCGGGAGUCCCUCGACGCCAUUGCCGAGCUGGGUCUGCUGGGCCUUGUGGUGCCCAAGGAGCUGGGUGGCCUCGGGGAGUCGCACAGGUUCGCCGCCGUCAUUGUGGAGACCAUAGCCCGGUAUGGCUGCCCCUCCACCGCCAUGGUCUACACCAUGCACCUCGGAGCCUGCUCGACGGUGCUCUUCAGGUACCACGACAACCCGAAGCUGAAGGACCUGCUCUCCCGCCUCGACAAGGACAAGCUGGUGGGCACCCUCUCCUACUCUGACCCUGCUACAGGUGGACACUUCUGGUUCCCUCUGUCCUCAAAGGUGAAGAGCUUGGACAAGGACACUGUCCAGCUCCUGAGAUACGGUUCUUGGUCCACCAGCGCCGGCCACGCAGACUGGUACAUCGUCCAGACAGUGAGUCCCAACUUCGGGGGCAACUACUCCAACCUCUCCUGCUUCCUGAUCUACAAGGAUGAGAUUCGGGCAAACACUGAAGACUGGAGUGCACUGGGGCUGCAUGGCAACAUGUCUGGGCCUCUGGUGGUGGAGGGAAAAUUCAACUUGGACCGAAUGGUGGGCCCACCGGGUGAUGGCCGCAUUAGUAAUGAUGAGUGCGUGGACCCGUACUUCUUACUGUUUUCCUCUGCGUGCUGGGUGGGCAUCUCACUGGCAUGCAUUGAUGUUGCCAAGAAGCACGUAACCCGCAAGGCUCAUGGAGAUGUGGGCAUGAGAGUGUGUGACUACCCAACCAUCCAGGACUAUUUUGGGGAGGCAGUGUGUGACACCAACGCUGUCCGGGGCCAGAUGUUCUUGUUGGCUGAUGGCUUGGACGGCGCCUCCGGCAACAAUGACUGGCGACUUCACAAAGACACCUCAUUCGCUCCAAGGACUGACUUCCUUCACUGGUUGUGGCAGCUUAAGUUCUCUGCUGCCAAGGUCGUCAAUAAUGUGACAGACAAGAUGAUGCACGCCUGUGGCGGGACCGGCUAUAAGACUGAGCUGGGCAUUGAGAGACUGCUUAGGGAUGGCAAAGCUGGCUGGGUCAUGGGUCCUUCCAAUGAGGUACUGCGACAAUUUGUUGGCAGGACGGUGCUCGAAGGCUUAGAAGUGCUGGACUACUGGGAACAAUGUCCCAACCAUAGAGUUAUACACCAUGAGCUCAAAAAGCUGAGUCUGGCAGACAAGAAGAAGUUGGCCAAGGAGUUGAUGGAGGAGGUGCAGAUGGAAGAAACAGGAACAAAGCUGAAACAUCCCUUCCAAGACACUGACUUUGACAACCCAUUCAACAUUUGCCCACCUGCUGUCAAUGACAAGGUGAUCAAAACAGCAGAUGGUAAGAGUCAUGGCCCUGCCCUGAGGCCAAAUACCUGGCUACCACUUACCCUCAAGUCUACUGCCAGUGUGAGCGACAAGAUGGCCUCCUUUGUGUUUGCACUGCCCAAAGAGACUGACCACACUGGAUGUUUGCCAGGACAGUAUGUUGCUGCGAGGGUGAACAUCAAAGGCAAGGAACAGCUGCGUUACUUCUCACCAGUGUCCUGCCCAGACGACUUUGGCAGCAUUGAGUUGGUGUUGAGGUUUGAGACACAGGGCAUUAUGUCCCAGCACUUCAAGGCUCUCAAGCCAGGUGAUAAAGUUGAGUUCCAAGGUCCCUGCGGAGGGUUUGAGUACGCGCCAAACCAGCUGGAUGAAGUGACUAUCCUGGCCUCUGGAGGCGGCAUUACCCCUGGCCUGCAGCUCAUCCGCUCCAUCCUCAAGGUCUCGUCAGACAAAACCAAAAUCAGUCUCCUCUACUUCUCUGAAAAUUACAAUGAAAUUCUCUACAGAGAAGAAUUGGAUAACUACAAAGCCCGUGACAGUCGCCUGAGGGUGGUGUAUGCACUUGGCGAGGUGCCAGAGGACUGGGAAGGUGAGGAAGGCUUCAUCGACACAGAGAUGAUCAAAAAUCAUGUCACCAAGCCUAAUGGGAAGAAGCACAAGAUCAUUAUGUGCGGCGGACCCACGAUGGCCAUCUCCUGCCUCCACUCCCUCCGCACACUUGGCUAUGGCUCUGACAGCAUGUUCAUCUAUGGCCCAUUUGGAACUGCACAAGUGCAGACUGUGUACGGGCAGAACGUGAAGCUGUCCUCUCACUCCUGCGACAACGUCCUCUGAUGUGGAAUGGAUCAAAAAGUGGCUGCUACAACUCAAUGAAGAAAAAUGUAAAGUCCUGCAUCUUGGGAGGGAAUAUCCAGCAUACCAGUACCACAUGGGAAACACUCCACCACAGAGGCAGAGGAAAACCUGGGACUAUAUUAUGUUACCAGGCUACCAGUGAAAGCCAAAUCCAUGCCAAACGCAGAGGACGGAUUAAUCAUAUCUACAGUAAACCCAAGCCACUCACAAUAAUAGGCUAACAUUUACCGGACCUAACAGUAGAUUUUAUGAUUUUCAUUGUCAAACAAUGCAAAAGAUAAAUUUACAUAUUACACAUAUAUUUAUAAAUUUUACUUUAAUCUCUUGGUUAGUUAAGGCAUGAUAUUAGUUACUCAUCAGCAUCUAAAUUUUUCACCAAUUUGUAAUUAUUAAAUAUAAUAAUCCUUUAAGAA